AUGAAUCAAUUAUUUUGCUAUCCAUCGGCUGGCAUGAUCAGAGAAGCCUUAAUAGUCGCAUGUGGCCAUGUUAGCUCACCUGGUAAGCAACCAGGUCAAGCGGUCAAUUAUAUUAUAGAAAUUCUACCUGAUCGCCAGGCUACUAUAACGUUGUUACUCUAUAACGGCGAGCACCUUGCAGAGAGAAUGUUGACCAUAGAUGAUCAUGCGUAUAUAUUUAAUGAUGAUGAUGACGAAGAGAACGCAUGGAGAGGGGACCAUGAGGGGUUGAAACUUGCGUUUCACCUAUCAGUCAUAAACGAAGGAAUCACUAUGAACAUACCAGCUCGUAUUUGGGCUUUAGAAAGAAGCGAGAUAGAAAGCAUGUUCAUCAAUUUUCAUGCACUGAUUUACCGAUACUGA